CUUCCGGGACACGUCAACAAAGUGUCCGCAGAGAGGGCUCUCCGUCGGUAACGUUAGUGACAGGACGUCGUUCAGAAACCAUGGAGACAUUAUACAGUGUACCGUUCGCUGUGCUCGAGUGCCCCAACAUAAAGCUGAAGAAGCCGUCAUGGCUGCACAUGCCGUCGGCUAUGACUGUGUACGCCGUCGUUAUUGUGUCCUACUUUCUCAUCACGGGAGGCAUCAUCUACGAUGUUAUUGUAGAGCCCCCAAGUGUGGGUUCAAUGACUGAUGAGCAUGGACACCAGCGGCCGGUGGCCUUUCUGGCUUACAGAGUAAAUGGGCAGUACAUCAUGGAAGGACUGGCUUCCAGUUUCCUCUUCACGAUGGGAGGCCUGGGAUUUAUAAUCCUGGACCGCUCCAACGCGCCAAACAUUCCCAAACUCAACCGUUUCCUGUUGCUCUUCAUCGGUUUUGUCAGCGUUCUCCUCAGCUUCUUCAUGGCCAGAGUUUUCAUGCGCAUGAAGCUGCCAGGUUACCUCAUGGGCUAGAGACAAAGACAGCACACUGAAAAUGAAUUAGAUGGACAGAGGACAUCACAUGCAUUGGGGCCCCGACACGCAGUUCAACUAUAAUUAUGGAUAAACUCGACCUUUUUGAUAUAAUCAGACAUUCAGGAUGGAAAGCACUGAUCUAGCUAAAGAAAUUAGACCUGGCUGCACUGACAGUCUCUCUCUGGCUGUGUCUCAUUGGUGUUCAGUGACUUCCUUCCUUCUUCUUUUUUCCAAAUGUCCUAAGAAACUGAUGCAGAAGAGUAUCACAUAGGUAACUGUUAAAAGGCAUUAUCACCAGUGUUGCCAUGUGUUUUGAUAAAACAACUACAACAUCCAGAUCCCUCUCACUAUAGUGCAUCUGUAGCAAACUUGAGAAAUUUAAUUUCACUUUAAUUGAAGCUAGAAGUAGCAUACCGUGCAGCGGGGGAAAUGUCUCUGAGCCACUGGAGAAGAAAUAGGAAAGGAAGUUACUGAACACUGCUGGCAUGGAGCUACUCAUUUGGUAUCGGGAAGGGGGAAUAAGAUUUAAGUUGUGUGUUUUUGUAAAGAAAUCAUUGAAAGAGCCUUGAACUUGUCACAGUUGCAAUUUUGUACAAGGGUGCGAAAUAAAUCUUCUUUUCAGAA